AAGUGCCGCCUUGUCCCUUCUGGUUUGCUGCUGGUCUUUUUGCUGCCGGAGUCCCCCCCCCCAAAAAAAGGGGACCGUUUCGGGAUUUUACUUUAUUUUUCCGUACGGGCCAGAGAGAGAGCGGGAAUACGCUGAAAGCUGGACGGACGUUUGGUCAUCCGGAGGAAGAGAUACUGGAAAUACCUAGUCAUGCAAUGGCUUUUGAAAACAUAGCACCCAACAAGGACUGGUAUAGCAUCUUGGGUGCAGAACCCUCAGAUAGUUUAAAAGAAUUGAAAAGGAAAUAUCAAAGACUAAUAUUGUUGCAUCACCCAGACAAACAGAGCACAGAUGUGCCAGCAGGAGAAGCAGAGGCAUGCAUGCAGAGGUUCAUCGAAAUUGAUCAAGCAUGGAAAAUUCUAGGAAAUGAAGAGACAAAAAAAGAGUAUGACCUGCAGCGGCGUGAAUAUGAGUUAGAACAAGGAUGUCCAGUGGAUACUCAGAUUUCACUUGAAGAUAUGACCUGGAAUCACAAUGAUCGGUGUUAUUCUUUCACGUGCCGAUGUGGUGGAAAAUACACUGUUUCCAAAAAUGAAGUUGAAGAUGCUUCACUAGUAAAUUGUGACACAUGUUCAUUAGUUAUAGAAAUUAUUUGAUGUGCCAUCCAGGAAAUACAUCAAUGCGGCUGGUAUUGUAAAUAGCUGGAAUAGUAAAGAAUAGCUCAAUCUGAAAUGGUUUAAUUCUUGCAUUCCAAAUGGUUGGAUGUGUCUGAAAAUCCUCAGAGAAAAGAUAUACGAUAAUUUUUAG